GGUGCGCAUGCACAGUGCACCUCUCCAUCAUGGCCACGGUGCUGUCCCGGGCGCUGAAGCUGCCAGCCAGGUGAAUCGUGAGUUAUUUAUUCUCUGCACCAUCGAACAGCCUCAGGAGGCUGGAUUGAGCACGCCCUUGCCAGCCCUCCCAGCGUAUUCCCAGGACAGCUACAGAUUGCUUUUUAGGGCACUCUCCAAACAGUAGGAGUUGAAGGUUUGCAUCUGAUGAGAUUAGAUAUGCAAUUGGGUCUCCCACAUCCUAGGAAAAAAGAGCCCGGACCUUGGGGAAUAUGAUCCCCUCACUCAGGCUGAUAGUGAUGAAAGUGAAGAUGACCUGGUGCUCAACAUACAGAAGAAUGGGGGGGUCAAGAAUGGGAAGAGCCCCCCCGAGGAGGUGCAGGACCCUGACUCCGAUGUGGAGGUUGGGAUGACAAAGCAGCACACGUCAGAGAGCACGCCUGAGGGUUAUCCUGCAGAGGCAACUGGGAGUUUGGAGCAGAAGGCUGCUCCCUCCCUCAUGCCUUACCUGCGCACAGCGAUCUUUUUGCUUACUGUGGUGAUCUCAAUGAUUCUGGUGCUGGUGUGUGCGUUUCUAAUUCCCUGUCCCCCUAGAGACUUGCAUAACACCUGGAACCGCAACCUAGGUCAGGGAGCAGGUGGUGUAUUAUCCCCACUGGAGCUGUGUGAUGUCAACGGUGAUGGGCUCCCUGACAUCCUCAUUGUCUUCACAGCCUUGAUGAAUGCCAGUGUCAUGGGUGUCUCUCGACCUUCAGUGACUGUGAUGGCCCUUUCUGGUAUGAAUGGCAGCACCCUGUGGUCCAUCCACCUUCCCGAGGAGACUCUGAGUGUGCAGUGCAAAGGGCUGUCACUGGGAGCACCUGCAGAGCCCGUCUGCCUUGUGACGGGAACAUCUAAACUCCUCAGCCUUCUCAGUGCCUCCACAGGCAAGGCUAUCUGGACGCUGAACUCUAUCCACCUUUCAAAUGGGAUCCUGGCUGCACCGGCUGCCACUCUUCCAGAUGUAGAUGGAGAUGGGGUUGGGGAUGUUGUUGUUCUGGCCCUCAAGGAGACACAGCCCGAUGUAUUUUUUAUCUUGGUGUCGGGAAAGACUGGGACUGCUUUGGGUGGGCCUGUGAAGUACAGCACCAAUGGAGAAGGGAAAGUGAUUGGUCCCCAAGUCCACAUCACCAGCCAGGGAGCCAUCUACAUCCUAUUUGGUUUUGGUAAUGUUCAAGCAGUUGCCCUGAGGGAUAUCUUUACCCAAGCCAGGAACCGGGACAGCUUCCCUGCAAUGCUGCAGCAGGAGGAGCCAGAGUGGGAAAAGCGCAGAUCUGUCAACCUGUCAGAGCUCAUUGACAUUUACAGUGGGGGUGUUGACUUCCUGCAGACAAUGAAGGCAUCUGACACAAACUGCAGCAACCUGCUUAUCACCACCAAAGACAGCCUGAUCCUGCUGCGGGGACAGGACCUGGAGCCCCACUGGAUCCUGGAAAUGCAGAACAUUAGCAGCCAGCCUGUCCCGGGUUACUUCGGUACUGACCAAACCCUAGACUUCAUGCUACAAGCACAGACUGGAGAUGGGAAGAAAAAGGUGGUGGUGAUAGAUGGCAAAUCAGGCCUCCCUGUUUGGAAUCAAGAAUUCCCAUGGCAGAAGCAAGAUCUCGAUGCGCUGUCAGUGAUGACUUUGGACAAGAAAUCUGUUUUUCUCUUCUGGGCUGAUGAAGCACAAUCUAUGUUACAAAGUUUGCAACCCAGUCCCAGAACUGAGCACCCAGGGUUGCACCACCUCUAUCUCCUCCAUCCUGUUUUUCCUACAGUCCUAUUGGACCUCACCAAUGCAACAGACAAAGUCAUUGCGUCAGCAGUUGGAAUUAAUGAUCUCCAGAAGGAUGCAUUUUACAUCACUGUGACAACAACUGCAACCUCUGAAAAACAGCCAGGAUUUUUCUCAGUCAGCAAGCUAGGCCUGAAGUGGGCCAUGAUGACUCAAGGCCGAAUGGUGUGGUUAAACGACAACACCACCCCCAAAAUCAGCCGUGGGGAAGUGAGACGAUUUCUUGCCCGGCUGAAAUUUGUUGAUUUUCCUCACAAGCUCUAGCCUGGUGAUUCCUCAAGUUUCAGCUGGACAUGUGGCCUGCAGGGUGGAAUAGAGGAAGCUGCUCCUUGGGUCUCCAUGAAAGUGCUGUGUAGAGGGAAUGGGGGCUAAAAGCACUUCCACUCUCUUCAGCUCUCUGGGGAAUGCUGAUGGAGGCAGGUUUGUUCUAGACAGACCUGUCCUUUACCAGAAGAACCUUGUUCAGCAUUUGCCCCUGCAUAUGCCCUUCUUGCAUGCUUCCUUCCAGGUAACAUGGAAAUGUGAAUUUAGAAUUUACAUAUAUACACACAUAUAUAUACACACAUAUAAAGAAUAGUGUGUGCAUUUGUAUAUAUGUAUGUAUGUAUGUACAUAUAUAACAAUUUAUAUGAUAUAUGUAUAUUUUUUUGUAUGUUUAAUUUAUGAACAAGACUUAGGAAACCCUUUUUAUGUCCAAACAGUAUUCCCUGGCAGUCAGAAAAGCUCUAGGCCUGAGGUGGGCCAUGAUGGCUCAAGGCAGAUGGUGUGGCUAAAGGACACCACCUGCUUUAAUCUUUAUAUUAUUCGAGAGAAGGCUCUGCCUGGCUCCUGUAGAGCUAAUCGUGUCCACAACCUUUUCUGAGCUCUCAACCCUCUUUUCUAUUCUGUUCCUAAAUUCACAAACUAUCUCUCUGGCUGAAGUAUCUGAUCUAGAGAAAGAAAGUCUCCACACCAUUUCCCAGCCCUUGCACUUGUGUAUUUCUCUUCCCAGUCCCAAGUUCAAGACAGGUUCAUGUGGGUGAUAUAGAAGCAAAAGGUUCACAUCUCAUUUCUACCUCUUCUUCUUCCAUCUCUAAGCUUUUUAAGAGCCCAGAGUGUCACUGUAACACCACACUGCCUCUCUCCCACUGCAGCCCAGUGGGCUGAGUCCCCCUUUGCAAUGCACCAUAGCUCUUUUGCACUAGACUCCCAGCAGAUCCCAGCCCAUGGACAUGGCACUGUAAAGAUCACACCAGAUCCAGGCACAGAAGGGCUGUUUCUUCUCGCACCACUGCUUCAGGAUAUGAAGGCUCAAACAAAGAGGCAGAACUGCAAAACUUUCCUGUGCAUUUUGACCCCAUAGUUAUAUUGGCCUGAGGGAUUCCCUGCUGUAAUGGAGGGGACCAACACUGCACAGACCAGCCCUGGAAUAGGAACAUACACUGUUAUUGUUCCCCUACCAGCCUGGCCCAAUAUGCAGUUCCAGCAGGAACUGACUACCCCCAGGGCACAUUUGCUCUUGAUAAGUUUAGUGCUUUGAACUGUGCCUCUUAGUGUGUUAUUGGUCUUCUGUGUUGUACUUCCAGAGCAUCUACAUGAAGUUUCUUGUAAUAGAUGUGGCUAUAUAUAAACCAACCACUCUGGUGCCCCAGUAGCUCCCCAUACUGCAGGGCAAUAACACUAGAAAGUGCUUACCCAAUAUGCCUUUCUAGACCUGACCUUUGACAUUAGGCAGAGCCAGGCUGAGGUGAGGAUAGCAAAUGGCUCUUCUGUCCUCCCGGUGACACAUGCACUUCCUGCCUUCAUGCACUUCCUUUUGAGUGAUGAGGCAAUGGCAGGACUUUGAGCUCCCCUGGAGAUGGACAGAUCUACCAUGGGUUUGCUCUUUACAACUUUCCUUGCACCAUCACCCUCUCACUUCCCCCUCCCUGCAUCUCUGUACAAUGCUUCCAGGAUAGCUCUUCAGGAUUACCUGCAAGCCCUGAGGCUGGCCCUUGGGCCCUCUUAAAGCCAGAGCCUGUUAACAGUUUGUAUAUGUUUAAUGGUAUUUUUGUGUAAAUAGCUUUGUAUAUAUUAGCACAACUGUAGCAGCAGCUCUCGGCCUGUGACUUUCCUCCAGACAGGGGUUAGUGUUUAUAAUAUACAGUCAGUUAAUACAGCUGCAUAAUGCAGACUGAAAGCAUGAAGACCAGUAGCACAGGAGGACUAAGCAGGAGUGCCUCUUCCCUUCUGUCUUAGCCACCACCUUGCUGGGAAAGGUGAGGCGGCUGUUACCUGAAGUAGUUAUUCUCCUGAGGUUCUUCCUGAGAGAACUGAUACUGAAGUGCAGUGACUUUAGCUCCCCCAUAAUGUGAAUUCUGCCCCCACAUCCCCACUGUGAAUAAAGAGUCUGUCUAUAUAUUGUUGAGAAAACUUAUUUGAACUGUGAACUGCAGUGGAGCGAAUAAAUGCCAUGUACAGUG